CGUAGUGAGUGGAAAAUAAAAACUUGUGUCCAUUAAACUUAAGGUCAUCAGGGAGGAGACGCACCAUGGCACCACAACAUGGAAAAACACUGAACACACACAUCAGUGUGGACACAUGGAGGUCCACCAUCAUACUGUUGAAGAGGAUGGUGCAGCAGCUGGAGAUCAGAGAGGUGGACUUUGAUGAGCUGAAGAGGAACCUGGAGUUCACUGCUUCAUUACUUGAGGCACUUUACACCAGCGGAACACCACCAUCACUUGAUGCUGAUGAUGAUCUACAGCUCCGCUCUGAUGUUGUUCCUGUGGAGGUUCGUGAUUGGCUUGCAUCUACAUUUACUCAGAGAGUACAGCCAAUCAGACAGCGGCUGGAGGAGAAGCCAAAAUUCCGCAGCAUUGUUCACGCAGUGCAGGCUGGGAUAUUCGUGGAGCGGAUGUUCCGUAAAGCGUACUCUACUGCCAUGCCUGACCAACCUGCUGAGGUCAUCAACUGUUUAAGGGAUUUGGACAGAUGGAGUUUUGAUGUGUUUUCUCUGGACGCUGUCAGUUCGGGUCAUUCACUAAAAACACUCUUCAUCGAGCUGAUCAUCAAACACCAUCUGAACAGCAGGUUUAAGGUACCAAUCUCAUGUUUGAUGUCAUUCCUGUGUGAGUUGGAGCGUGGUUACAGCAAACACACCAACGCCUAUCACAAUCAUACACAUGCUGCUGACGUCACACACACAGUGCACUGCCUGCUGCUGCGCACCAGAGUACUGUACUGGUUGACAGAGUUGGAGGUGUUGGCAUGUCUGUUUGCGGCGGCCAUACAUGAUUAUGAACACACAGGAAACACCAACAACUUCCACAUAAACACACGGUCUGAAUUGGCGAUGAUCUAUAACGAUCACUCUGUGCAGGAGAGUCACCACGUCAGUGCCGCAUUCCGCCUCCUGCAAGAUGAAAACACAAAUAUCUUCAUCAACCUGACCCGCCCUGAAUGGCUUGAGCUGCGGUCUCUGGUGAUAGAGAUGGUGUUGGGAACAGAUAUGUCCUCUCAUGUUCUGCAGGUCAAAGCCAUGAGGUCAUGUUUACAGCAACAUGAAAGCAUAGAUAAACCAAAGGCGUUGUCUCUGAUUCUGCAUGCGGCUGAUAUCAGUCAUCCUGCUAAACCCUGGAGUUUACACUCACGCUGGACCCCAAGACUGAUGGAGGAAUUUUUCACACAGGGAGAUAAAGAAGCUGAAAUGGGUUUGGCCAUCUCACCUCUGUGUGACAGACACAACACACCUGUCUCUCAGUCUCAGAUCGCUUUUAUGGAGUUUAUUGUGGAGCCAACAUUUUCAUUAAUCAGUGACAUGUCUGAGAAAAUUGUCAUCCCUUUGAUUCAGGACACAGCUGGUCCAUCACCAACCUGCAGCAGAUACCGAGGAUUACAGUGGACUGUAGCAGACCUGGUUAGCUUCAGAUCCAUGUGGAUGAGACACACUGAGGAGAACAAGAACAGGUGGAGGGACAAAGUGAAGAAUGGUGUGAGCCACAGUGAUGAAUCUGAAACACAGACAGGACAAGACACUGCAUGAAAAGAACAUUUACCUGAUAAAUAAGUGCAGGAAGAAGGAGAGGAAUAUUAGGAAGAGGAAUAGGAGAGAUGAAGAAGAGGAUGAGGAAGAUCUGUGGCCUAUGUGUAGUGCUGCAGCUAUAAUGUAGAAUUAAUUACACAUUUCUGAAUUAUUUUAAUACACAUCUUACUGUUUAAUCCACACUGUAUAUCAUUUAUAACACAAGAUCACACACACACACACACCUCUGUGAAACCCUCAUUUAUGUAGGUUCUCAUGUCUAUAUGAAAUAGUGUGUGUGUGUCAGUCUGUUGAAUAGUGAAUAGUUUGCAGAUUUAAUUUACUUGGAGUUGGGUGUGAGAAGCAGAAAACAGAGGGUUUGAUGCAGGAGUCUGGUGCAGUGUUCAGGUCAGACUCAGAGAUGGAGACGUGUAUUGUGACGUCCUUCUGCUGGUUUCCAUGGUGACGCAUGCUUACAUCAUUACCUUAAUAAAAGUGCGCCCCCUGUCUGUGGCUGCAGGACACUGAUACAAUACUGAAUGGUGUUUAUGUAAUUAUAGUAAUGUAAAGUAAAACUAGGAUGUUAAUGUUCUUUAAUAAAAUAAAAAUCAUUAUGUCUAAAGCUGGUAAUGUGAUGAUGUCACACGGAUGACAUCAUCACCAAGGAGCUGACUGACACUACUAACAUACAUAGCUUCUCUCCCUAGUUGUGUGUUUCAGUUUUGGUCAGACACACACUCCUGUAUCAC